AUGGCGCAACCAGGUGUGAUUGCAGAAAUUCGCGACCUCAAGCGCACCCUAGAGCAGACUCUAGCCAGAGUAAAUGCUCUGGAGAGUUCAAUUGGGUUGUCACAGACUAGGGUCAACUCGUUGCGCGCUCAUUACCAAGAAGACUCCGCUUGUUACGUCACGCACAUCGCAUUAUGGCGCGCCUAUGGCGAAGCCGCCGGACGUGACGAACAUGCUCAACUCCAGUCCAGCAAAGACUUCAUCACCAACGUCUCCACAACCUUUUCCAACGCGAUCGCCCCAGUAGUUCAAACAAGUACCAAAGAACAAGCAUAUAUUAUUCGUGGUAUUCGAUCAUGCGCUAUUCCCUAG